CCUCUCUCUCUCUAACCCUCUCACCCCACUCUCUCUCUCUCUGAUAUUUUCCCAUUGGCCCCCUUCUCUCUCACAUUAGAUUGUUCACUAGUGGCACUUUUUCAGAUUCUUUCUCUUCUCUUUCUCUCUGUGCUUUUUUUCAGAUUUUCAUCUCCCCAGCAUUUCCAGAUUUCGACAUUAUCUUCAUAUAUUCCUCAUUUUCAUACCCGCUGUCUCUUUUUGUGUAGCAAUUAUCUCCCCCCAAUUUCUGUGUUUUCCUCAUUUCUGGGCCUCCCUCAAUCAAAGAAAACCGGAGAGUGAAAUAGUUCCCAAUUUAGAGAGAAAGUGGAAAAGGAGGAGAGAGAAUGAAAUUUAAGGGGGUGGGGUGGAAGGUUAGGAGCUGGAGAUCAGUGGUUCCAUUUCGACUUAGAAAGAGAUUCAGAUCAGGUUUCAGGAAGGUCUCCUCUUCUUCUUCUUCUCCAUCUCUUAGCAAUGGCAACGGAAAAGGAAAUGGCUUCUCCUCCUCCUCCUCUUCUUCUUCUUCACCUGUUUACUUGAAUGUUUAUGACCUCACCCCAUCUAACGGCUACAUUUACUGGUUUGGACUUGGGGUCUUCCACUCUGGAGUCGAAGUCCAUGGAGUGGAGUAUGCGUUUGGUGCACACGAUUAUCCAUCAAGUGGGGUAUUUGAGGUGGAGCCAAAGCAGUGCCAAGGGUUCAAGUUUAGGAAGUCGGUGUUCAUGGGUAACACCUCCAUGAAUCCAAUUCAAGUGAGAGAAUUCAUGGAGAAACACGCUUCAAACUACAAUGGCAAUACUUACCACCUCAUUGUAAAGAACUGCAACCAUUUCUGCAAGGAUGUCUGCUUCAGGCUCACUGGAAACGCAAUCCCUCCUUGGGUUAACCGAUUGGCUCAAAUUGGUUUGAGGUGCAAUUGGUUGUUGCCAGCAGGGCUCCGGGUCUCAGAUGAGUCAAAGGAGGGUGAUGUUGCAGAGGAGAAGAGAAGAUUGAAAUGUGGUCUUAGCAGUAGGCUUUCAUUCAUUACUAGCAGGCCCGCAUGCCUCUUCCUCCCUUCCCCAAUCAAGAAGAAUGGGCUUAAACUUCAGUUCAAAGGAUUGAACACAUUAGAGGAUAGGUGAAUCUCUCUCUCUAAAAAAUUCAGCGAAAUGGGUUUUUCCGGGGGAUGGUGGCAACAUUUUACUUUGUAUCCAUGCUUGCUUAGCUUGAGGAACCACGAUCAAUGCAAUGGGUUUCCAUGAAAAUUAUGGAAACAUUGUAUUAUGUCUCUGUAUUCCUGAAGAAAGUGACUACGAGCAUUUAUUUUUUCUCAA